CCACCGCGUCUCCGGCCCCCUCCACCAUCUCCACCACGAGGCAGCACGCGCGGGCGACCCUCCCCUCCCGACACGCAGAAUCCCGCGCCGCGCGCUCGCUCGCAUUCAUCGCGCCGCCACCCCCCACGUUCCAGCCGGCCACGCGCACGCGCCCCCCGCCGCCGGCCGUACCAUGGGGCGGCGGGGCGAGACGGCGGUGGUCCCCAUUGACGUGGCGUCCGGCGGCGGCGGCGGUGGCGGGAGAGGCGAGGAGCGGCCCAAGGGCGAGCGCCACCGGAGCCACGGCCCCGGCCACCACCACGGCCGCCACGGCCAGCACCGGAGCCGCCCGCCGCCGCCGCCCCCGCCGACGUUCCGGCCGUUCCGGCGGUGGUUCCCGUUCCUUGUGCCGCUCUUCAUCCUCGCCAACGUCGUCCUCUUCGUGCUCACCAUGUACGUCAACGACUGCCCCGCGCACGCGCGGGCCACCGGCGCCGCGAUAGGGGGAUCAGUCGGCGAGAGCGCCACCGCGCAGGGCUGCUUGCUCGCGCCCGAGCUCGGGAGGUUCGCGUUCCAGUCGUUCAAGGAGAACCCGCUUAUCGGCCCUACCUCCGCCACGCUGUUGGAAAUGGGGGCACUGGAAACCAGUAAAGUUACCAAAGAUCACGAAGGCUGGCGCCUCAUUACAUGCAUUUGGUUGCAUGCUGGAGUCAUCCACAUACUCGCUAACAUGUUGAGUCUCUUAAUGAUCGGAAUCAGGCUCGAGAAGGAGUUCGGUUUCAUAAGGAUUGGUACACUGUAUGUGAUCUCUGGUGUUGGUGGCAGCUUGCUGUCUUCUCUAUUUAUGGUGUCCAAUAUAUCAGUCGGUGCUUCAGGCGCACUAUUUGGACUAUUGGGCUCAAUGCUGUCAGAGCUCAUAACAAAUUGGACAAUAUAUGAGAACAAGUUCGCAGCACUCUUGACUCUAGUUAUGAUCAUUGUCAUCAACUUAGCAGUUGGGAUCCUUCCACAUGUUGACAACUUCGCGCACCUUGGAGGAUUUAUGUCAGGGUUCUGUCUUGGUUUUGUGCUGCUAAUACGACCACAGUUUGGAUAUAUUAACCAAAAGAACUCUCCUCUUGGAUUUCCCGCGGGCGUAACUAAACAGAAGUUCAAGAUAUAUCAAAUCGUACUUUUGGUUAUUGCUACAAUGAUGAUAGUUUCUGGGUUCACUGUUGGAUUGGUGUUGCUAUUUCAAGGAUUCAAUGCUAGUGAGCACUGUUCUUGGUGCCAUUAUUUGAGCUGUGUGCCUACUUCAAAGUGGAGUUGCAACGCACCAAACAACUAUUGCAUGUCUUCACAGCUCGGAAAUCAACUAAAUCUGACAUGUGAAAGCACUGGGAAGACUGCAACAUAUGUUCUCAGCAAUCCAAACAGCACGGAAGCAAUUAAAAAUCUUUGUGUCGGCCUUUGUGGUUAAUAGUGAAUGUCUGUAUUUUCUAACAGGGAAUUAAUGCCAGAUAUCUAUGGAAUAUAUAAUUAGAAGCCUAUAUUUACAUUAUGAUUCUCUGGCAAUGCUUUUGCGGCUUCUAUGGUAUUUUCUUGUGCAUGCUGUGUAUUAUGAAUGUCAGUUGAUGGUUUAAAAGAUGGACAAUUUGGGGCA